AUAUUAUCACCAACUACAAUAAGAUAUAUUCUCAUCACUCACGGCACAUUCACAUAUAGAGAUACAUAUACAGAUAGAUACCAGUUACCAUAGGAGCCACACAACCACCAACUUCAACCUCCCGUCAUCAAAAAAAAGGUAAAUAUUUUUUUUUUUUCAUGUGUUCACUCACUCAUUCCUUAUAAUUCCCAUUUUAUCACAUCUUUGACCAUCUUAAUCUUCUGCUGGGAUGUAGACUCCAAUGAAUUCCACCUCUUCUUCCACUCAUCAGUGGGAGUAUGAUGUCUUCUUGAACUUCAGAGGUGAAGAUACCCGCUACAGUUUUACAGGCCAUUUAUAUAAGGCUUUCUGUGACAAAAACAUUUACACCUUCAUGGAUGAUAAACUUCGAAGGGGAGAAAACAUUUCAGAGGAACUUCUCAAAACCAUCAAAAGGUCAAUGAUAUCGGUUAUUGUGUUCUCUGAAAAUUAUGCAUCUUCCAAAUGGUGUUUGGAUGAAUUUGUUUGGAUUCUUGAGUGUAGGAAAAAUCUUGGCCAAUUAGUUUUACCAGUUUUUUAUGGCAUAGAUCCAUUAGAAGUACGUAAACAAGAGGGAAAGUUUGGGGUAGAAUUGGCUAAACAUGAAAAAAAUUUCAAGGAUAACAUUCGUAAGGUGCAGAUUUGGAGGGCAGCUCUAAAAGAAGUUGGCAAUUUGUCUGGAUUUCAUUACGAUAAUGAUUGCCUUGAAUCUAAAUUUAUCCAGGGAAUUAUCAAAUGGAUAUCAAGCACUACAUUAAACCGCACACGUUUAUUUGUUGCUAAAUACCCUAUUGGAGUAGAUUCUUGUGCAACAAAAAUAGAAAAGAUUUUAAAUAUUGAGUCAAAUGAUAUUCGAAUGGUGGUGAUCCAUGGCCCUAGGGGAAUAGGUAAGACUACAAUCGCAAAAGCUGUAUAUAACAAAAUUUUUGAUGCCUUUGAAGGAAGCUUUUUUCUAGAGAAUGUUAAAGAAAGGUCUGGGUCAAAUGAUGGCAUAAUCCAACUACAAGAGAUACUUCUUUCUAAUAUCUUAAGGGAUGGAAAUUUAAAGGUGGAAAACAUAUCUAGAGGAAUCAAUGUGACAAAGGAAAGACUUUGCCAUAAAAGAGUUCUUUUAGUUCUUGAUGAUGUGGAUGAACAGAAGCAAAUAGAAAAUUUGCUUGGAAAAUGUGAUUGGUUAACUCCUGGAAGUAGAAUCCUUAUAACUGCAAGAGAUAAAGAUGUGUUAACCACUCUCAAACAAGAUCCUCUAAUCUAUAAGGUUGAUGAAAUGGACAAACAUGAAGCUUGUGAACUUUUUAGUUUGUAUGGCUUUCAAAAAAAUGAACCCGAGGAAGCUUACUUGCAACUUACAAAUCAAAUUAUCAAUUAUGCGAAUGGCCUUCCUCUAGCUUUAAAAAUAAUAGGUUCUGAUUUGCGUAGAAAAAGUUUAUCUCAAUGGGAAAGUGCAUUAGAGAAGUAUAAAAAGAUUCCCAACAAGGAAAUUCUAAAAGUACUCAAAAUGAGUUAUGAAGGAUUGGACCAAAGUGAAAAGGAUAUUUUCCUUGAUAUUGCAUUUUUCUUCAAGGGGAAAAAUAAAGAUUAUGUUGUAAAUAUAUUAUAGGCAUGUCAUUUAUUUCCAAAUUAUGGUAUUCCAAAACUUAUUGACAAGUGUUUGAUAACUAAUGAUUGGUGGGGCAAUUUAUCAAUGCAUAACUUGCUACAACAAAUGGGAGAGGAAACUGUUCAACAAGAAUCACCACAAGCACUUGGAAAACGUACUAGACUACGAGAUUAUGCGGAUGCUUGUACUGUACUAACUGGAAAUAUGGGAACGAAUAAAAUUCGAGGCAUAAUGUUGAAUCCGCCUAAACCUAUAACGUUGGAACUUCAUGCUCAAGCUUUCAGAAGGAUGAAAAACAUCAGGUUUCUUAUAGUU